CUCCACGGUUGGGCUUUGAACGGUUUGGUCGACCGCAUACCAUUGAUCCUCUCACAAGCUUUGCCUAUUAAUUCAAAGCCCUCUUUCUUCCAUCAUCGCUCUUCAGUCUCCAGCUCUUGCAUGAGUCCACGAUCCGAGCAGGCCAUUCUGUCAGUUUCUGCCCCGGUUUCUAAUUUCAUUAAUGUGGAUGCUCCCUUCGCUCACACCCUUCCUACUCGUAUUCCUCAUUCGGCAUUCGCCUUGCGCGUUUUCCGAUUAGUCGGAGCGACCUGUUCCUCUGCCACUCCAUCAUGGCAACCUACUACCUCAAACUCAGGACUUGUUACGGAUCCUACAGUUCCACAAAUUCCCACUUCCGAUUUAUCUUCAUCUUCCCCAGCUUCUUCAAUUUCUACGGUUGCCGAUGAUAUUUCAGCCCCUUGUUUAUCUGGCCCCACAACAAGGCAAACAUCGCCUCGAAUUGGCUCAUCAGACUUAGCUGACAAUCACUCACCUCAUAAAUCACUGCAUCAAUACAAUCAACCUCAUAUAAACCCUAGUCUCUGCCGCCAAUGCCAUCAUCAUCACCAUCACCAUCAUCCACGUGGCUUGGCCUGCGUUGAAGCCAGCUUAGCCCUUAGUCCCGUGAUCCGCCUUCUUCCACGCAGUAUAUUCUCCGCUGCCUCACCAAACACUGUUUCCGGUGGUUCCUGUGGUUUCGGGGGCCUUCCUGAGCCUGCAUCUGGGCGUCGUGCUCUCCUGGGAGCCCGUGUUCAGCCAAAUAUAGUAGCCGAUCUUCUUCCUAAAGCAAUUUCUUCAUCAGGAGGCUACUGUUGCCCCUCCUGCUCAGCACUCCCUUGCAUCAACAAUGGCGGAGGCAGCAGCAAUGUCUUUUUUGACACCAAAUCAAAAGAAUUUGAUUCAUCUACUAGCAAUAUUCAUCAGUCUGGCUCUCUUUUUAAAUCUUUGUCUACACUGGAUUCUUCCUCGCUUGAUCAAAAUUCUCAUUCAAUCCCCUUGACUGUGGUAUCAUCAGAUACCAAGAUUCCAACUUUAUCUGGACACAAUUCGAUCUGUCCCAGUAUUCUUUUAGGCUGCUCCCCACUAAAUCAGUCUAUAGCAUGGCAGAAUACGGAGCCGAGCUUGGGGAGUGAGGGCCUAGAUAAAUUGCAUCUUAGUGAACUAGGUAGACAGACGGCUGAUACAGAGGCUACCGAGAACCGUCUGUGCGAUGGAAAUCUGGCUCAGGCCCGCGACCAAGAGUGCAUGGAGGCAGAAGCCGAGGAAGUGGAUGCUGAGAAUGAAGUCGAUGCUGAUGAUGAAGCAGAAUCCUCCGUGUCUGGCUUUUGCCAACAGCGUAGACAAUUACCUGAGCCAUUGCUACAUCGCGCUCUCGAAUUGUUUGAAGAUCCGAAAGAUGCACAAAUCUGGUGCUAUGCCGUCGCGGAAAGCGUAGCAUGUGAGGCAGAACUCAGGCUCAGUCCUCCUGCAUUGCUUAGCCUCACCUUUAAUCGGCAUCCAUAUCUACCCAGACCAUCUACUAAUGCUCACACAAAUUCUUCCAUUGCUGUUAGCGUUGAGUCUUCUAUCAUUCGCCCUUCACGAACAACCAAUUCCAUUAACUUUCGUGCGAAUAAAGAAAUCGCUCAUCAACCUACUGAUAUAUUCGAUAAGCAAAUAAGUUCAGACCAUUCUGCCCAGCCUGGUGUUAUAACCGCUUGGUUGGGAAACUGGUCUUCCCAACAUCCAGGGCCCAUGACUUGCAAUUUUCCGACAGUUUCUCGAUGA